CUAAUGUCGAUUGUCGCUGCAGUCGGUAAAUGGACGUUUGAUGUGGUGUUUGUCAAGAUUGUGCUAUUGUGUGUUUACAGUGAUUUUUAUCUCGUUACUAUAAUCCAAAUUAAAGUAUAAGCUUUUAAGGAGUAGAUGAAGGUGACAGAAUGUCUCGCAAUAAAGACAAGCAUGAGGGCGCUAGCGGGCGCACGUACCACAUUAUGUCGGAAGCGGAGCGGGCAUCUGGCAGGCGCGGAGGCUGGACUACGCUUGAGAUAACAGGAGGUGUGCGCGCUCUGGCGCCUCCAUUGUUCCAACUGACGCACCUGACCGCGUUGUACCUGAACGACAAUUCCCUGCAGAGGAUCCCGCCUGACAUCAGCCAGCUGGCGAAUCUUCACACGCUCGACAUGUCCAACAACAAACUACGAACCUUGCCCGCUGAGCUUGGAGAUUUGAUACAGCUAAGAGAACUUCACCUACACAACAAUUACCUCAGGGUAUUACCAUACGAUCUCGGGAAACUGUUUCAUCUCCAGCUGCUCGGUCUUCAAGGGAACCCGCUCAGCAAGGAAAUGCUCUCCAUUUACAACGACAACAAUGGAACCGCUAAGCUGCUGACGUACCUCCUCGACAAUUUACAAGUUAAUUUUGUUACAGUAACUGCCACCCAACCACCGCAGAGGCCUUGGAUACCGUUGACGCGACCGAACAGGACUCGCCCGACUUGUAUAUUCACAGUAAUGUGUUACAAUGUUCUGUGCGACAAAUACGCGACAAGACAGAUGUACGGAUACUGCCCUAGCUGGGCGCUCGAGUGGGACUACAGGAAGAAGGGCAUACUCGACGAGAUAAGACAUUAUUCAGCGGACAUCAUCAGCUUACAGGAAGUGGAAACGGAUCAGUUCUACAAUUUUUUUCUCCCGGAGCUGAAACAAGACGGCUACGACGGUAUAUUUUCCCCAAAAUCACGCGCAAAAACAAUGUCCGAAUCAGAACGGAAAUACGUUGACGGUUGCGCCAUCUUCUUUAGAUCUGCUAAAUUCUCAUUAGUAAAGGAACAUCUAAUCGAAUUUAAUCAACUCGCAAUGGCGAAUAGCGAAGGUUCGGAUAACAUGUUGAACCGAGUGAUGCCGAAAGACAACAUUGGUCUAGCCGCGCUAUUAAAGACCAAGGAAGCGGCGUGGGAAAACGGUAUACCAACAGACUCAUCAACGCUCGCACAACCAAUAGUAGUGUGCACCGCACACAUACAUUGGGACCCAGAAUUCUGUGACGUUAAAUUGAUACAAACUAUGAUGCUCAGUAAUGAACUGAGAUCCAUUUUAGACGAUUCCGCGAGAACUCUUCGCCUGUCGGGAAUGAAGGACAAUGUGCAGCUAUUGCUGUGUGGGGACUUUAACUCUCUGCCAGAUAGUGGAGUUGUCGAGUUUCUAUCGGCGGGUCGAGUGUCCGCGGAUCAUCGGGAUUUCAAAGAAUUGGGUUACGCGACGUCGUUAAGACGUAUGCCCGGUUCGGAACAUGAAUUCACGCACAACUUCAAACUGGCCUCGGCCUACAGUGAAGACAUCAUGCCCUACACUAAUUACACAUUCGACUUCAAAGGCAUCAUCGACUACAUCUUCUACAGCAAGCAGUCGAUGACUCCCCUGGGGCUCCUGGGCCCGCUGUCGCAGGACUGGUUCCGCGAGCACAAGGUGGUCGGCUGUCCCCACCCGCACAUACCCUCAGAUCACUUCCCGCUGUUAGUCGAGCUCGAGAUGUGUCCGAGCUCGAGCAGCAACAGUAACGGCCUGAUCGGGCGCAGGUAGCACUCGACACGCUCCAGGCACCAGCACCAGCACCAGCACCAACACCAACACCAACACCACCACCAACACCGCGACCGCACGUCCAACACGUGAGGGUGAGAUCUACCAACUUUUAGAAAUACUCGACCUCGGGUCGCUGGGGACACGUUUGUAUAGUCCGUCGGACGAACUCAAUCAAUACAAGGAGCAUUACAGCUGAUUAUUUGUUUGAUAUAAUAAUAAUAAUAUAAUCGAAUGAUCAUAGAUUAUGUAAUGUUAAUAGACAAUCAAAUUUUUUAAUAAAAUCUUGUAUGUUCAUACACUGUGUACAUUGUAUUUUACGUACGUUGUUAUAUAAGUAAAUUUUAUCUUUAGAACUAUUCUUUGAUGCUUUUUACAAUUAAAUUUAGCGACUCGACUUGCGUUUGUUUACAAUUACGUUGUAAAUUAGAGUUCAAUUAAUGAUAAUCUUUGAAUUACUUUAAUAAGCAUAAAAUAUAAUAAGUAUUGAAUUAUGUAAAGCAAUCUAUUGCAAACGUGUCUCAUUAUAUAAAUAAAAUAAUUUACAUAUAUUAAUGUAAUUAAUUAUAUUUUUUAAUAAAUGAUGUUCUAAAAGUUGGUAGUGCUAUAAUAAACGAGAUACGACAUUGUGCAAUCGAAUGAACGUAAAAAGUAAUUAUUUAUCAUUCGUUUCGAUCGUUCGAUUUUAUUAUCUGUCGUAAUGUUAAACUGAGUAAAAUUUUGCUUUAGAUUGAUUUAAUGGAAUACAAUAGCGUAUCUCGUUAGGAAACUGCCUUAGUAAUAUUGUAAACCGAAGUGUAAUAUAGGUCGCCGAGCGCUGUCUCCGGUCACCGGGCUGGUUACAAAUUAGUUGACAAGAAUAUAUAAAAUAGAUGAUAUAUCGCUGCCCGGUGACGAGACUCGUGUGAUAGUUUUAGUGUAUGGACAUUGCUCAUUUCAAUCUUGUUCGAAUAGUUUCGAAGUUUUCUAUCGGUGAUACGGCUUAGUUAAGUUUGUGACGUGCAAUCCCAACCCCGCGGGGUAGAAUGUUUUUUUUUUUUUUUGUUUUGUAUUCGACGUUAAAGUCGAAGCAACAUUUGGAUCCGUGUUAAUUACUUCGAAAAUAAAUUAUUAUUGAAUCGAGAGAUGAAUAUUUUUUCAAUAUGAUAGUUUGUCGGCAAAUUUACGCUUAGUUUAAUGAUAAUUAUACAGUUGAGGAAUGAUACGAUAUAUUUUAUUGUAUGUCAUCGGAACCUGAUGUGGAAUCGAAAUUAAAGAAUUUGACUUUAAAACUGGUUUUAUUUUUUAUUUUUUUUAGUUUUUCGGUAAUAUUUUCUUUUUUAAUUUUGACAUUAAAAAAAAAUCAUUCUAAUAUAAUAUUUGAUUCUAAAUUAAUUUAAAUUUAAAUCUAUUCUAAUCAGGUUUCGAUAACGUUAUGAAAAUUAAGUGUUUUUUACAUGUUGUGAAAACGAUGCACAAAAUCGUCGACAAAUUGACAAACGUCCAUUUACUAAUUAGUGUUAAAAUUCCUCCACUGUAUAUUAUUUAGGUAUAAAAUCUGGGCAUGUUAUGCAAUGUUACGUAGGAUCUUGAGCUUGAACAUGUUUGACGACUACAUUAUGUAUUCCAACGGCACGAGGAGUAAAGAUAAACAAUAUAAAACGACCUUAGAAUUACAUAUUGCUAAGCUCAGCUAUUUUAUGCACUCCGAUCAAUUCUUGAUUAAUAUAUCUCUAUUUAUAAUAUAACACUGUUCCAUUUAAAUAAUUUAUAUUCACUUUAAUUUUACGGAUAAAUUUUUCGACCAUAUACAAAAACGCCAUUUUUCUAUGAAUCCAUUAAAAAUAUCAUAGACUAUUUCAGAUCUCGACCAAUGAUAACAUGUCAAUUCAAGGUCAAAAGUAUUUCUUUAUCUUUGCUACUGCCAUUAGAAUAGGCUAAUUUUGUCAUUCAAUAUUGUUCAUUGCGUUGCGACCAUUGAGACGAUUCACAUAAAAUAUUUCGAUUAAUCUUUCUUUUAGUUAAACUGUCUACCAAAGACAAUCCCAAAUUUUUAACUUUUGAAUCUGUGAAAUUUGAUAUUAGUCUAUCUCGAAUCGUCUCUUUGAUCGAACGUCGUUAAGGAAUGGGAAUCUUGUAAUACAAUUUGGCGUUGCAAUGUUUGCGGCUUUGUAUGGUUAUAAUGUCCAUAUUAAGUGUCGUCGUGUCGUUAUAGAUGUGUUGACGCCGGUUAGGUUAGAACGGUUAGUGGUGAAGCGGUGGACGGCGGUCGGUUGGUAUCGCGGUACUGUGAACAAAGUCGGGGGACGCUCUUAGGUUAAUAAAAAACAUCGUGUGUUCCAACAAACUUCUUAGCGAGACUUAUUACCCCCAUUUUUAUCCCCUUCCAAGAGUUUCUUAGUGUUUUUAUAAGUAUGGUGUACGUAAGUUUAGCUUAGUGUUAAUUAGUGUCUGUUUCGUAAUGAACUUUCUCCUCCAGCGGCCGUCGCUGUCGGACAUCUCUUUUAGUCUUAAGUAGCUCGUACAUGUGACGAACUGUUCUCCAUUAUAAAUGAUAUUUCACAAAUUACUUCGAUUAAGUUCGUUCUAAGUUUUAAAAUUGUAUAUUUUCUCGUAGUCACGUUUCAGUAUUCACGUCGUUCCUUUUAAUGGUCUGACCCAAAAUUGCGAUGACGUUAGUUGCAUUUUAUUCGUUAGUUCGUAUUAGAUUAUAAAUUUAAUUGUCUGGAGUUGGUCGACAGCGAGCCGCCUUCGUUACUAAUAGCGGGUAGCAUACUGGCGUAGUACAAAUGUUGUGUGAGUGGUAGACUGGGCGUGGUCACUGCGUCGCGAGGCUCGGUAUCGCCUCUCGGACGGUCACCGUCAUCGAUCGUACGAAUGGCACUUGAGUGCGAUGUUUCUAGAUUGUUAACAGUUUCUAUUGAACUACUAGAUACGGCAAUUCUGAAAUAAUCAAGUGAUAUCCUUUACUCCACUAAAAUAUAAUCAAUAGUAGAUUUAUAAAACCGUAAUAGUUACUUAUAGCAAGCUCUGUAAAGAUUUGCAUUAUCGAGUAGUUCUUGAAAUAAUAUUGUCUGUCGGUGAGAUGUCGGAAGUUUUGGUCAAAGAACUUUUUUGUUUCAAACCAGUCAUAGACAGCGAUCGUUUCAAUCUUUUGAUUUUGCUCUUUGAAUUGGCCCCAACUUUUCUUUUACUGGAAAUCAUAUCAUAUUCAAUUUCCUUGACCCUGAUUUCAUAUGUAACUUAUCCAUAGGACUGAAUUUUUCAAGUUGUUUUUUCUUAUAGUUAUUGGACAAAGGUAUCUCGAACUUGACCAAACUCUCGCAUCGACCGUUCGUUGUGAAGCGUUUUCGUCUCAUAUGAGUGACUAGUGAUAUUUACUAAAACAUUUUUAUAUUACUACAAAUUAUAUGGACCAUUGCAUAGUUGUAUCAACGCUUUAUAUGUCCUCUCCAUUGGAAUUAUAUAAUUAUUAUUUUGAAUAUUUUUUUAUUCAAUAUAUUAUAUUAUUAUUAUGUAUAUCAAAUGAUAGGUGCUGUUGUAUUUAAUUUAAUGUUACUAGCGUUUGUGAUAGGGAUGCGUCUCUCUUGUAAUCUAUCUGAUGAAUUGUGAACAUUAUGAGCCAAAUCAAGUUAAAGGGUAUAUUAAAUUAUUACUUUUAGGAUUAAUGUGAUCGACAUGGAGUUUUAUACGAUACAAAUUUUACUACUGACGCUGGAUAUUGUUUUUUUUUUCUAAUUACAAAUAGAUUUUAAUGUCAUAUCAUGAUGAUCUUGUUCCGAUACGUUUUUUAUGGAAAUUAUCGUAGGAUUUUAAGAUUCGUAAAUGUUACCAACAUUGAUAUUUUUCUAAAUGUGAAUGUUUCGUGAGCACAAAGUAUUGGUGCGGUUUUGUAUCGCCUUAUCGAAUCACAUUGGAAGAAUUUCAACCGAGACAUAAUCAUAGUACAAUAGAGUCCUAUUAAACCGAAUUUAAAUUUGCCAAACAUAAGGUUAAACAGACAGAUUAAAAAAUAAUAAUACUUGUUUUGUUAUGACAAUUUGUCCGUCGUAAACUCUGAUAAAUGUAUACUUUAUAUAGUUCUGUAAAAAAGCAAUGAAUGGAAUUUUGUAAAUAAAUAAAAGAUAAGCCCUUAAUCUGGACAUUGCUGAUUCGAACCGGUCCAAUCCAGUACUGUCCGGUUUAUCGGGACUCUAUUGUACUUGUUGGGCUCUAUAGUUCUAAAACAUACUCCGUGUUAACUGCGACGUUAUAAUCUCGACUUUAUCGUAAAUGAAUAGUCCGAUCGUUCUAUUCGAAUUAAUGAUUCCGAACAUAAUACAUCCGAUAUUGUUAGUAUUUUUGCAUUUAUAACAUUUGUAUAUAUUAACUUUAUGUAUAACUCGGUCCACCGAUUUCGAACAACGGACAAAGUAAAGAGCAAAUCUAAAGUCUGAAUCCAUAGAUGCUAAUGAUAUUUCUUAAUUCGAAAUUUGAGUAAGUACUUACAUGCUGAUGAGUUUAUAAGUUAAAUUAUGUUUUUUUUUUUUUUUAAUAUUAAGCAAAGGAAUGCGUACAUUAUACCUCGUUAAUAGAAAAGAAACUAUAUUCAAAAUAUUUUUCACCCUAGGAUAGAUUAUUUGUUCCUUUACAAUAGUUGUUUAUUUACAUAUAUGAGAAAAUUUAAAUUUAUUAGUUUAUUUAUAGCAAGUACACGAAACAAUACAUCGCUAGAUAAGUGUACGCAUUCCUUUACUUGUCAUUUUGUAAAUUAAGAUACGAAAUAUAUUUUAUAUCAACCGUCACUGGUUAAAGAUUGUUUAAAUUCUAAUUAGGUUGUCUUCAUACUUUUUUUGUAGUUUCUACAGAUGUCAACUGUGAGCGUUUUCGGUCUGUCUAGCGAAGUGUCAAACUCGUUUGGAAACCUUUAAGAAAUUAAUUCAUAUUAAACAUAUGUUCAGUGUCAGCGUUAGGGUCGGGUGCCUGGGCUACGGGCUAGUGAUGCGCCUCGCCCAAUAUCAACUUUCUGGUUGAUAUGAUUCGUUUUACUCCAAAAAAGAAAAUCGACACCAAAAGUAAGGCCCGAGGCACCCGGAUAGCUAAAGGCGGCGCUACAUAUGUUGAUUAGUAAGAUCAGUUUUUGAAAACAGUAGAAGUUACGAAAUACUAGCACUGCUUAUGAAUAAUGAGAGCUUUAUUGUAUCAAUGUUUAUCUUACAUGUGAUCUCUUUUAUUUUUAAUAGAAUUUUGAUGGUCAAUUUUACUUAAUAGUUCUAGCAGUAGUGUUGAAAUAGGAAGUUAUCGUCGCACAUUACGUUCGUUAUAAUUGUAUAUAUAUCUUUGUUUACACAACUGAUGCCAUCCGGAACAUAAUUUCGAGAAAUUUUCUGACGCAUUAUUGAAAAUACUCGUUUGUUAUUCGAUCUGUCUCGUUAUAAUUCGACUGUUUUCUUUGUACAUAUUUGUAUUAUAUGUAAUUCUACAUUAAUAUGUGAUUUUGUGAUAAAUACUGUUUCUAUUUCAUUUUAUUUCAAAACAUUGUUCAUCCGCAUUGCGUUACGUUCCGUUAAGGAUUGAGAAUAUUCAAUAAUGCGAAAGUAUUGGAUAGUCAAUAAAAUCACGGGAAGCCUUCGAGUUAUCGAUGUUUUAUUUGUAAAUAUGUAAACCACAAUCAAUGCUAACGAGUGAGCCGUCGCAUACUGUCACCCGUUUGGACUUCUGCGCAAACUGGACUAACAAACGGACACGCAAGGAAGCCGUUGGACCGGUUAGGUGAAACGUUUCGAAUAAACGCUGCACGCACAUCACUCCGAGCAGACUCACUCCCUGUUCCGCAAUAACUGUUACCCGAACGCAUUGCGUGCAACGUUUGUGUCGCGACAAACGUCCGCGUGUAACCGGCCUUAGCGUGCGAGCCUCGAAUAGGUGUAUCUCGACAGACAUUCCACAGGCCCUAUCGAAUUAGCUCAAUACUAAAGACUGUUUGAGACUUUAAAAAAAGAAAUAAUAUCAUAAUAAUGAAAAAAAAAAAUAUUUUCUGAAGCACCUUAACGAGUUUACAAAACGUGUUUUAUGGUGAUUUAAUGAUAAGAUCGCAAUGUUUAACUCACUAGUAUGUAAGGACAAAUGCUUUACGUCACUGUGAUAGACAAUAUAAAUUUACCUGAGAGAAACACCAUAGGCAUUUAUGUGAAAUUUAGAAGAAAAUCUUAUGAGAAAUAAUGUAAUGAUGUAACUACCCUCAAAUUGUAAACGUUGCUUGAUUUUGUAAACACUUCAAUUACAAAUAUCAAACACUGAACACGACAAUUCUCCGGCGUUAACAGAACUAGAUCGUUAAUAAUUAUAUAGUUAUCGUGUUGCAAAGUCAAGCAGCGCGUGAUGUUAAGGCCCGGUAUCCACCUAAGCGGCAAAGUCCGGAGAGGAGAGCGACGUAAGUAACAAUUAAAAUAUCGCUAUUCCCUCAUACUCCCUUCGAGCACACCCGCUUGAGUGGAUACAGAGCCUUACGACGGUUAACGUUAAAGUACAAAGCGUAUGUGCAGAAGUCGGUCUGGGCUCGUGUCGAGCGGUGAGGUGAGCGUGCAUGUGUGUGUGUGUGUGUCGCCGGCCCGCGUCUCGCUGUGCUGUUUGUUGACACAUUAUGUAUAUUUGAAUGAAUAAAAUUAUAAGAAAAAUAUGAAUUUUA